AUGGACAGGAUGAACGAUGGCGGCGCGGAGGAUGGUUCGACGGAUUCAAUGGAUGAUGUGCCAGAAGAAGAGAGGGAUCAGAAGAAUGGGACAACAAGUGGACGUGGGGCCGACGAAAACAGUGAUAAGGGACUGUCGGAUGUGACAUCAGAUGGGGCGACGAGUUCGGGUUCGACGGCUACAACGAGCAGUGGAAAAGAAGAAAAUCCGGAAGAGGACUACAUCAGAAAUCAUUUGAAAACGUAUACAUGGUAUCAUGGAUUGAUGUUUGGCAACAUUUGUGAUAAACUACUAAAAUGGGAUCAUUCGUUUCUGGUCCGUCGGGUGAUUACGAAAACCGGCAAGUUCCUGUGUCUUUCUGUGAGAAUCGCCUCAAAAGUCUAUCAUUUUCGACUCAGAACCAACCAGCAUGGAUGGACUUGUCCCAAGAAACUUUUGAAAUCGAAUCUGAAAAUUUCAAAGGUUCAAAUCAUCUAUUUCGCAAUGAAUAUCGCGUGUGGAAUGAGAUAUAUCGCCUCGAAAAAUGUGAUUCAUCGAGAUUUGGCCGCUCGGAACUGUUUGAUUACGAAGGAUUUGAAGGCGAAAAUCUCGGAUUUUGGACUGUCGAGAUUGGGUCCCCAAGUGAUAGAAAAAUCGAUAAAAAAAGCGCCGAUUCGUUGGAUGUCCCCUGAAUCCCUUCUAACGGGAACAUUCAAUGAGAAAACGGACGUUUGGUCUUAUGGAGUACUACUGACUGAGAUGAUGACUCGUUGUGCUCACAAACCCCUGUGGCCAAUGGGAAUCAAAGAUGCUCAGGAGCACAUUAAGACAUCUGAUGCUCCACAUCGAAUCCGAAAUGGAGAGCCCUGGGAGUUGUUGGCUAUCGUUGAUGCCUGUUGUGAUAGGAAUCCCGAAACUCGAUUCAAUUUUCAAACUGUGAAACGUCAAAUGCGUACGAUCUACACCAACUGCUUGGCAGCCGGAAAUCAGCAACAAGAGACAAAUCAGACACCAAUUGGACCAACUUCUGGAGUCAUCCCAUUGGAAAUGAAAAAAUCCAACGACCGUCAAAAAACAAUGAAUACCACAUUGGGUCGAAAAAAGUCCAAAGACGGAGGAAUGAUCAAAUCGUCGAAAUCGAAAAAAUCGAAAAAAUCGAAACGAAAAUUUUUCUCAUUUCGUCGGAAGAAUAAAAACGGCAUUCAACUGCCAACUGGCAUGUCUACAGUACCCGUGGGAUCUCCCAAAGCCACGCCCACUUCUCAAGCUCCGUCCCUUCCGACUCCGCCCCUCAAUACUCCGCCCCUUCCACCACCACAAACAUCUGUCACUUCGGUCCCAUCGCCUUCUCAAAAUUCGGCUCCGCCCAUUUCUGGUCCACCGACUAGCACUCAGUCGAAAUCACCAACUACGACACAGUAG